AUGGAGCGCAGCCGUGGCAUCCCGGACUCGGAGCUGUUCCUGAGCAAGCCUGCGCCGGAAGACUGCGACAGCCCGACGGUCGAGCCGUUGCGCAUCUUCAAGCCUCAGAGCCCCGAGCCUUACUCUCGCGUGUCUUCGACCUCCUCCAACAGACCAACCUUCCCGCUGCCUCCCGGGGCGUCGAGCUCUGCCGCGCCUUUGCCGUUCCCAGAUGACGACGACAUCCACAAGCCGACUGUUCCCAAGCCGACUGCCCCCAAACCCUACGGCGCUGCCUACAACGACGCUGCCUACAACGAUACGAGCCCGAGGCUGGACACCAAUGUUGGCGCCGAGAAGAAGCCAGGUCUGGCUGAGAGGCGGGGUGCCGCGCCCAAGCCCAUCCACUCUCCGUCCAGUCCUGACGCCGAUUAUGGCCUCUUUGCGAGGCCGUUGCAAGACAAGCCUGCCGCUUCGACAACCAACUACCCGACCUACCAAAAGACGUACUACCCGCCUCCGGGAGCGGCUUCAGCCGGGCCGUCGAGCAAUUCCGGUGUCAAUCGAUUUGCUUCUACGGCAUCGAACUCGACUACUAGAGCCAGCCGCGGCUCGCCGCCUCCUCCGGAGACUCCCAUCGUAGGACCCGGAAGCGUGCCGGGAGGCGGCAUCGAGGCUCGGUAUGCGGCUUCGGGCAUCCCGGGCACAGCAACCCUCACCAGUCUCCAAGCCGCCCAGGUCCAGGGCGCCGCGGCCGCGCAGAGGCUGGCACAAUAUAACAACCAGCAGCCCCAACCUCAGCGACCCUGGACACCUACAGAAUCUCCAGAUCAGGCCCCGUCGGGCCCUCCAACUGUAUACCAGGGCAUGAACGCGGUCUCGUAUCCUCCGCCUCAGCAGCCAGUCAGCAGCCCUCCUCCUCAGCAACACCCAGCUCAGGCCCAGGGCAACGCUCCGCCUCAAAUCAGUGUCCUGGAGCAAGAUUUCCAGCGCUUGUCCACAAGCUCUCCUCCGCCAGCUUACUCGAGCGUGAACCCCAGCGGGCGAGCCUCCUAUCCCAAUGAGAAACAGCGGCCGCAGCAAGCCAACCAAACACCUGCCCCUGCUGCCACACCCGCCGCUGUUCCAUCCUCCCAAGCUUCUGCGUCCACCUCGGCGCCGCCAGCCAAAGAAGCUGUGGUGGCCGCGGCUACGGCGGCAGCCACCGCCGCUGCUGCUGCGGGCCUGAGCUCUGCAGCUCCCCAUAACCAGGGCCAUCCUGCGUUUGCAAACGAUCCCAGGCCUGAGCCAGUUAUUCAGCAUGCUCAGGUUACUGUGCCUCCAAAUCUCGCAGCAGCCGGUCCGGUCUCGCCUCCCCCCUUGCCCGAGGGAUGGAUUGCCCAUCUUGAUCAGAAUUCGGGCCAGUACUACUACAUCCAUCUGGCGACGCAGGCGACGCAGUGGGAGUUUCCAAAGGGCCCAAAUCCUAUCCAACAUGAGCAAGCCCCUCUUUCGCCUACAGCCUCGACAUACGGUAACCCCUUGGCUUCCCCCAUGUUUGGCAAAACACCCAUGGCCUCCCCCAUGUUCCCUCCGCACACGCCAGGAUACGCUGAGAGCAUCAUGAGCGUUGCGGCCUCACAAGCCCCGACCGUUGGCUUCACUGGGCCACCACCGAGCGCCGGUGUGGAUAUGUACAGGAUCCAGCCGACGAACGGAGUCUACUUUGGCCCUUACUUGAAAUACGUCAACAUGAACAUCGAGACCGGACACUGGUUCGGCAGCAUUCUCAUCGUCACCGAUGCGCCUCAGCCACCCACCAUCCACUUACACCAGAGCAUGGAUCUUUCGCCAAACCCCAAGCAGCUGAUCCCUCAUGCAAUCCACGUCCAUCAGCGUUGGACCUUUUUCAAGUACGAGAUUGACAUCGAAAUGGGAGAAGCCACUGACCGAUGGACUUAUGCGGUUACGUCCCACCUUGGCUGUACCCGCUACGAGUUUAUUGUUGCUGGAAGGCAUGAGACUGGCUGGCGAUUCAUUGCUCAUUCUGGUAACGACUUCGCCGUCAGCACGUCCCAAAACGAACGCUCCAAGCUGGGCGGCGUUGGUUUCAUGUGGAAAGAUGUCCUCCAGAAGAAUGUAGAAUGUGGCGGCUUCCACGUACAGCUCGGCUUGGGUGAUCAGAUCUAUGGCGACCGGCUAUGGAGGGAGGUGCCACUGAUGAAGCAAUGGCUCGCAAUGAGCGGCAGAGACAACAAGAGAAACACUCAGUGGACUGCUCACCACGAGGAGGAUGUCAGCCAUGCCUACUUCCAUUACUACACGAGCCACUUCGACCAGCCUUAUCUGCGGGAGGCUUUUGCUCAGAUUCCUCACAUUCUGCAGAUUGACGACCAUGACAUCUUUGAUGGAUUCGGCUCGUACCCUGACUAUAUGCAGUCGUCUGCCAUCUUCAAGAACACAGGUCGUAUCGCAAUGGACAUGUACCUGUUGUUCCAGCAUCAUACUACGGUUGAAAUGAUGCGCAAUGUCAGCACUGACCAUGACAUCUUUACCAUCACGGGUACUGGGUGGCAUUUCGUCAAGUAUCUUGGCCCGGCAGUGACCGUUGUCGGACUGGACUGCCGAUCGGAACGAACUCAGGCUCGUGUGAUGGCCGGGCCUACGUAUCAGGGCAUCUUCCCAAAGGUUGCGACUCUACCACCCAGCGUACAGCAUGUUAUCUGGAUGGUAGCGGUUCCCCUGAUAUAUCCCAGACUGGACACCGUGGAGAGCUUGGCCAACACGGUUGCCGCGGGAAAGAAGGCCGUCAACACGACAUACAACAUCCUGGGCAAGGUCACAAGUUCCGUCGCCGGCGUUGUGGGCGGCAAGGAGGUGGUGGCACAAGGCUUCAACCAAGUCAAGAAGGCUGUUGGCAAAUCUGGGCUCAUGGGCAACGUCCUCAACCAGUUUGGUGAGCUGGACAUCCAGGAGGUGCUCAAGGACAUGUGGACACAUGACUCCAAAGAUCUCGAGCGGACGUACUUUAUCCGCACUCUGCAAGGCAUCUCACAGCAGAAGGGUAUCCGCAUGACAUUCUUGUCCGGAGAUGUCAACUGUGCAGGAGCUGGGCUUGUGCACGACCCAACACACCCCGGCGACCACAAGACAAUGUACCAGAUCAUCACCUCGCCCAUCGUGUCCGCGCCUCAGAGCUCCUACGUCUUGAAGCUGCUCCACAACAACAAGAUGCUCUACGUGCCGCAGAACGGGCAGAAGUCCACGCACGAGGUGUCCGACACCAAAGAGGACAUGAUGGAGAUCUUCCACACCGAUGCCAGCGGCGCGACGAGGGAGCUCAAGAAGCUCAUGGGCCGCAGGAACUACGUGGCCUUCGUUGCGUACGACCACGACGCCGUCAUGGCGCAGAGCCAGGCGCCGUUCAGCCCCAACCCCAGUAUCCACAGCAGCCAGCAGCAGGGCCUGUCGCGGUUGAGUCUUGCGGUGGACUUUGUGGUGCAGGGGGAUGGUGCUUAUACGGCUACGACCAAGUAUGGGCCUGUGAUUAUUCCUCACCUCGAGUAUGGAAGGUAA